AUGGUGAACGUGACAGUCGCGUCUGUUGCGGCUACAGCGCAGCCUCUCAUCGAUUGGGUAGCAGCACACCCAGGCCAAGCAGCUCUCUAUACUGUCAACGGCGUUGUUUUUCUUGCGCCUGCUGCUGCCACUGCACCCAUCUUUGCUGCGUUUGGUUUGACUGCUCUAGGACCUGCCGGUGGUUCGCUUGCCGCAUCUACAAUGAGCUACUUCGGUUACGUCCCGGCAGGCGGCGUGUACGCUCUGGCACAGAGUGCUGCCAUGGGAGGGUAUGGCGCUGGUCUCGCUGCUGGGGCUGCACAGGCAGGUGCGGUAGUCAGCUCUGGGCUCACUUGGUUCAUGGGUAGAAAUCACACUGCUGCCUAA